AUGGUGUUCUCGUUGGAUGAGGAGUUGCUCAAGCCUGUGGAUGGUGCUGUGCCCAGGACUAUUAUCACUUCUGAGGGCUCUGGGUUCAUGCCCUUGGAGCGGAAUGAUGCUCAGGCGUAUGAGCAAGGUCAUCUGAGUGUGGGUGCGGCCCCUAUACCACGGACCAAAGCGAGGACGAAUAGCAAUUCGCAGCCGCUGUUGAGAGGCAGGCGGAGGAGGUCUUCUGUGCUGGAUAAGUUCUCUGUGUAUGAGCCUGAGUUCAUAAGACGUGUUUCCCUUGGGGGUGCUGGGUCAUUCCCGCAGGAAACGCAAUUCCUGGAUGGGUCCUAUAAGGAGUGUGCUGUGUUUGAUGAAGAGGACGAGGACGGGAUAGAUGGUGGUGCGAUUGUUGGUGGUGAUGUUAGAACUGGUAUCUCUAGGGAGAUCUCGGAUUUCAAGCCUAUUAGAGUGCUGGGGCAAGGUGCGUACGGGAAAGUCAUCCUGGUCAAGGAUAAACAAACUUCCAAACUAUACGCGAUGAAGCAGUUGAAAAAGGCUGAAAUACUGAUCGCCCCUACUGAUGCCAACACAGAGUCCAUGGACAAGCUUGCUGAACUUGAUAAACCGGUGGAUAGCGAGGAUGAGAAACUAAGCAAACGGAUCGAAAGAACAUUCGCAGAGCGCACCAUUCUGUCGCAAUUGGAGCAUCCUAACAUCGUCAAACUAUUCUACUCCUUUCACGAUACAUCGAAGUUGUACUUAUUGCUACAGUACAUUCCUGGCGGUGAGCUGUUCUUCCACUUGAAAGAGCAUGGCACAUUGGAGGAGGAUACGGUAGCCUUUUACGCAGCCGAGAUCAGUUGCGCCCUCAAGUUCUUACAUAGUAAAGGUGUUGUGUACAGGGACCUGAAGCCAGAGAACUGUCUUCUAAACCAAAACGGCCAUCUUGUGCUAACAGAUUUUGGUCUAAGCAAAAGCAGUGCUUCCAACGCAUCCCAGGAGGACCUUGGAGCUGGGAACGAGGGAGAGGAUGUCAACGAAUUACACUCUAUAAUUGGCACUCCCGAGUAUUGUGCACCAGAAAUAUUGCUGGGGCAACCAUACACAGCAAACUGUGAUUGGUACUCUCUGGGAUGUCUGCUAUACGACAUGCUAACAGGGAAACCUCCAUACACUGGUGCCAACCACAAGGUGAUUGCCAACAAGAUUAAGAACGAUAAGCAGGGCCCUAAGAUCCCAUACUAUCUGAGUGAUGGUAUGAAAGAUGUGCUUGGAGCGCUAUUGAAGAGCGAUCCCAAGAAGAGAUGGGAUGUUGACAAGUACUGGAGUGAACCCAAGAAGGACAACAGCCAGAAGAAAGGCCAGAAGAAGAAGAAAUCAAAGGAGAGAACUUCGCCAUUCCAGUCUCACUUCGUUUUCCGUAAGGUCGAUUGGAAGGGACUCUCCAGUGGUGAGUUGCAGAAUACAACAUUUGGCCCCAUUGUCCCUGUGAUUACUGACUGGGAACUAGCUGAGAACUUCGACUCUGAGUUCACAUCCAUGUCAUAUGAAGAAGACGACUUCUUGCAUCCACUCCACAACAAAUCCCCGGACGCUUUCAAGGGCUUCAGUUUCAAAGCCAGCGGUAGCUACCUGGAGAAGUACUUCUAG